AUGCUCAAAGUAACAUCGCCAACGCGCUACACCCUCCCGCGUCCCCUCCGAUUGUCCCCUGUCCCCCGCUGCGCCCGCCGGUUUACCUCUGACGCUCCAUCUCCACACUCCUCCAAGGAUCUCCUCGAUCUCUACCGCCAGCUGGUCGCAGACGGACGCCUAAAAUGGGAUGACGAGCAGGUCCGCUGCAUCAUGAAACUGCGGCACCUCCUGAAGACUCUUGGCUCUUACUCUCCUCCUCUCGAGCUACUUGCAAAACUAUCUCCAGUGGCUCCCUUCAUAGCGCAGCAGCAGAAACCACGUCCCUUUUGGUGGAACCUGCGGGAUAAAUCGCCUAGUGGACUCGGGAUCGAUACCAACAGUGAAGAUGAAAAGGGAUUAGUCAGAGUACUGAGCGGCGAGGAAGAGCUGGCAAAUCUCACAACCCCAAGGGGAUUUUGCCUCGUAGGACCACCUGGGACCGGCAAAUCGCUUCUUCUCUCCCUUUUCUAUGAUCUCUUACCCAUCUCGAAAUGUCGAGUACAUUACCAUGCCUUUACUCUCGAGCUCUACAAGCAAGUCUUUGAAGAGAUAUCUCGCAAUCGUUCAUUUGAAGAAGAAGAGUACGAGAAAGUGAUGAAGAACAAGGAAAUGGCGGGCCGCAAAGGCUGGAAAUCAGUGUUCGCUGGCGGGAGAUGGGAUGAACAGGGUGGAGAGCGGGUUAUGUGGACAAAGGAAGAGGGGAUGACGUUUAAUAGUGAUUUUGACGAGUUUCAGUUGAUCGAUGCCACCGCAGCUGCUCUCAUCAGAGACGUCCUUUCGUGGUACUGGCGACUUGGAGGUGUCAUUUUGACUUGCUCCAACAGAGUGCCCGAGGAUCUGUAUCACCAUGGUGUGCAACGAGAGCGUCUUUCGGGCUUUUUGGACGCCUUGAAAGCGAGGUGUGAAGUUGUGCAGGUAGACGGCGGAAGGGACUGGCGUCUAAAUGAUGUGAAAGGUGAUCGGACGAGGUGGUAUAAGAACGCCGACGCUGGCUUUGAGGGGGCCUGGAAGGAGGCAACAUCGGGAUGCAAAGUGGAAUCGAGAACCAUCACUGUCUAUGGGAGACCACUCAAAGUUGCCAAGGCUUCCGACUCUGCAUGCCGCUUCACUUUCGCAGAGUUGUGCGAAGAGGCUCUCGGCCCAGCAGACUAUCUCGCACUGGUGUCGACUUUCGGGACAUUCUUCAUUGACGAUGUUCCAACGCUCUAUCUGCGGCACAAGAACGAAGCCAGGCGAUUCAUCAACCUCAUCGAUGCUCUUUACGAAUCCCGCUGUCAGCUGCAUCUGCGAACGCCGGCCAGCCCCUUCGACUUGUUCUUCCCCGACGCUCUUGCACUUUCAUCAGAGGAACAAGAAGCCCUUACCAACGAGCGCAUGAUGAGCGCUGAAGCCCUGUCCGCUACCUUGCAAGUUCCGUACAGGCCGAAUGUCAGCUACUACAACAACCUCACAUCGUCCCAGCAAAAUCGAGAGAACACAGAGGCAAAGAAGAAGGGAUCCUCGUUCAGUGUGCUUGGCAUCUGGACGGGAGAGGAUGAAAAGUUUGCCUAUAAGAGGGCAGUAUCCAGGCUGAUAGAAAUGACCACGUCAUCUGCAGCUUACGCAUCUGAAGCUUGGCGCCCUCUCUCCGGGACACUCUGGCAAGGGGAUGUGGAUCGUUCCGGUCCCCAACAGAGACCGCUUUUUGCCGACACGCAGAAGCGGCAUGAAGCCAGCGUCUCCAAGCAAGACGAGCGGCCUUCUUCGGAUCCCUUACUCUUCAAGAUCCGCAUCAAGAAACAAGCCGACGCUUUGCCGCCAGUGAUCAAAGAACAACAUGUGUGGGGGGUGGCGGACGAGUGGGGCAAAGGUGCUGGGAGAUGGGGGCAGGGUGUGAAGGCAUAUGAGCAAGUCGAUACGAUUGCAGAACAUAGACGCCGAGUUAUGCCGGGGGGUGGGAGUUGA